AUGCCCGGCCCGAGCCCGACCCAGAAGCGCCCCGCCCUCCCCUGGAAAACCCGCUGCUCCAUCUUCGUGCUCAACGCCAUCACCGACAUCUCCAGCCGCCCCAACGGCACCGUCAACCGCCGCGCGUUCCGGCUGAUCGACUCCGCCGGCUUCAAGGUUCCCCCCAAUCCCAAGCCCCGCCACGGCGUCACCACCUCCGACGUUGCCGUCGACCCCUCCCGCAAACUCUGGUUCCGCCUCUUCACCCCCGCCGGCCCGCCCGAUAAAUCCGGGUCCGGAUCCGGCCAGAACCGGCUACCCGUCGUCGUCUUCUUCCACGGCGGCGGAUUCGUCUACCUGGCCCCCGAUUUCAAGGGCUAUGACCACGUCUGCCGCCGAUUCGCGCGGGAGGUCCCCGCCGUGGUCGUCUCCGUCAACUACCGCCUGGCACCGGAGCACCGGUUCCCGGCCCAGUACGAUGACGGCUUCGAUGUCCUGAGGUUCCUCGACGACCGGGCCGAUGUCCUGCCGCCGAUUGCUGACGUGUCGCGUUGCUUCCUGGCGGGGGACAGUGCCGGUGGGAACCUAGCCCACCAUGUGGCCGCACGCGCUUGCGGGUCGAGAUUUAAUCACCUCAAGGUAUUGGGAGUGGUAGCCAUACAACCGUUUUUAGGAGGAGAAGAGCGUACCAAGUCGGAGAUGGAGUUGGAUGGGAUUGAUCCUAUUGUGUCGAUGAGCAGAACUGAUUGGGUGUGGAAUGCGUUUAUGGCGCCAGGGCCAGGAAUCGACCGUAAUCACGAGGCAAUCAACAUUAGCGGCCCUAAGGCGGUCGACAUGUCCAAGCUCGACUUCCCACCAACAAUGGUGGUUGUGGCUGGCUUCGACUCCCUCAAGGACCGGCAGACCAACUACUAUGAGUGGCUGAGAAAGUCGGGCAAGGAGGCCUACCUUGUCGAGUACCCCAACAUGAUUCAUGCUUUCUACAUUUUUCCCGAGCUUCCUGAGUCGACCCACCUCAUUUCCUCUACCAAACACUUCAUCAACGACCAGUGUUCCAAGCUCGUCAACUAG